AGCUCACCCCGCGGCUCCCAAGGCGCCAGUGCGCGGGGGGCGCCGCCCCUGGGGGACGAGAUGGGAGGUCGCUGGGGCGGCGCCGUGCCGCGCCGGCCGCGGUCUUUGCCUGCCCGGCAGGCCGCCAGCGGCGCCUCGUGUGCGUCGCGGCCGACCUGGGUGGCCCCAGGCGGCCGAGAGGCGGCCGAGGGGCACGGCUGGCGCCAGCAGGCCCACCGAUCGGAGGCCGCGUUGCGGAGCUACCUCGCGGGGUACGACGACGGGCGCAGCUUCCAGGCCUGCCUCUCGCGCGCCGACGCCGGCUUCGAGCUGGCGGCAGAAGGCCAGUGCCGCGAACGCGAGGAGGUGCAGCGGCUCGAGGCGGCCCUGUCCUCUGCGCACGAGUACUGGUGGUGUGCACAGCCGGUGGCGACGGAGCCCGCCGCCCCCGCGGCGGGCGGCGGGCUGGAGCGCGAGGCGCAGCGGCUGCGGUCGAGCCUGUGCCUCGUGCCCUCGCGGCGCGGGGCCUUCCGCGCGGAGGCGGCCGCGGUGCGCCAGCGCUGGGAGGCGGAGAGGGCCGCCCAGGGCGCGGGACGAGGGCGCGGGCGGGGGCGCGGCGCCGACGCGCUCCUGGCAGCGCCGCUUGGCACCCCUCGCUCGCCUGGGGCCCUGUCGGAGCGCGCGGCGCUGGUGCCAGGGGGGGAGCACGAUCGAAAUAGGUACGAAAAGAAUGGUCGGCAAACGUGGAGCAAGGGGGCGUGGAUGAGCGACAGGCUCCGUUUCCAUGGAAAAUCGCGGAUUUCCGCCGCCGAGCGAGGCGGCACCAGCCGCAUUUUGGGGAGGGCACCUCCCCCGGUCCAUGGGUUUGGCGACCGCGCGCCAAAUCCAUGGAUCGCCAAUCCAUGUCUGCGCGCCCCCGACAUGGGCACAGAGACCGACAGCAGGUCUUCCGGGGGCGAGACAUGAGCCCCACCCUCGCCCCCCAUCGGUGCAGGAGAGCCGAUGUCUGGUGGGGGCAGGGGUCGGAUGCCGCCACCUGACGGGGGGGACGAUCGAAACGAGUGCGGAAAGACUGGGCACGCAGAUGGACGGCAUUUUUUUUUUGUGGGAGCUGGCCGGGGGGUCUGCGGUGGCGCAGCACUAGCUCCAGCGAGCAGGAGGGGUAAUUGCCGAUGCUGAGCGACUUUCCUGGGGCUCAUCCGCCCAUCCAGGUCAGACUCCCCGGCCACCUCCCAAUUUUCAGAUCCCCUGGCCACCUUCCAAAUUUCGCAGGCCUGGAGGUUGACACCAACACCAAGAUCGGCGGGGUGCCUCCGCCGAGGGAAGAAGAUUCCGGUCUCGGUGAUGGU